UCAUCUUUUUCUCUUGUGUAUUGUAAAAAUUUGGUUUGUAAUUUUCUUCAAAACUUUUUCUAAAUUAUUUGUAAAGCCACGAAAAUGACUAAUAACUCCACUGUAAAUAAGGUGAUUCAAGUGACCGAGGAGGCGGCACCAGCAGUCCACAUUCCCUUUAAGGUGGGAAAUGAGAUGUUUAUACUUACCCAACAGGAUGUUCGGCGAGUGGAGGAUAUUCGGAUGCUAAGCUACAGUCGUAUAGGUCCCAACGGACUGUUUUGUCCCGUUGACUUGGCUCCACAAGCUGCUGUGACUUUCUUCCAACCACAGCCAAUCACCACGAAUAUUUGCUCUCUGAACGAUCUAAACAACCAAGCCACACCUUUUCCUUUUCAGCAGGAACAUCCCACCAAAGAACUUCCCAUUACGGAAAAGACAGUUGCCAGCAUGGCAACUCAACUUGGUUGGUCCAAGAUCAAGGCUGCUGAAUCGGAACACACAUUUCCACUCCGGUGCAGCCUUUGCACCUCAACGUGCGACCUGAUGAAGAGCACCGGCUGCCAGCAUUGUCCCAAAUGCGUUAAAUGUAAUUCAAGCUGCCAAACCCAGUAUAGCUUCAGUAAACUUCACAUAAAAGAUCAAGAGACGCCACAGAACGCUGCUUGCCAAACUCAAAACAUUUCCAGCCAAGAAACUCCGACAGUGAAGAAGAAACCACAGGACAUGGCUUGCCAGACUCAGCCCAACACAAAUUCCACGGGUUGCAAUACUUCAAAUAGCCACCUGGUGGAAGUUGCCUCCACUGAAACAUAUACAUCGAAUGAAUGUGAUUGUAGUUCGGAGGAGGAGACAAAUCAUCCAUGUCGGCAUUGCAAAUCGCAACAGACCUGUACCGAACAGGAUUUAAUGAUGCAGAACCGGCCUCAAGUUAUGACACCGGAGUCUCCACUAGAUCAAUCUUGUACAAGGCGACGAAUCCACAUUGAUGUCUGCCCAGAUAGAAAUUGUGAGUGCUUUGAGACGAAAACUUGUACUCAGCAAAUGAACGAGCUAUUAAAUCAGGAGAGGAGAACGAUUCCACUGAGUAAAUAUUCCUAUCAACGCACCCUCAACAGAGCUCCAGUCUACAAGCCAAAGAUAGAACAACCUUUCGACGUGGAAGAGCCCAUCGAGCGCAAUGAUAACUGCCAAGAACUGGAGUUAGAAAACAGGAAAAAGAAGACUAGGGUCACCUGGAAGCAACAGUGAUGUCACUUUUCACCAGAUUCAUACUUUCGCCUUUCAUAUAUGCAUUUUUUGAACUAACAUGUAGUAUUUUUAUAACUUUCCUAAAGCCAGUUGUUACAUAGAGCGGCUUGUGCUAAUAAAUAUGUUAA